AUGGAAAUAGAUGAUUUAAACCUACGAAACCCUGUACUAGUGGGAUAUUAUGAUCCUUUUAAUGUGUAUCCAUUAAUUAAAGAUGAAUUGCACAGUAAGCUUCCCCUUACCAAUUUGCAUUGGAAAUACAACAUAUCCAAACCAUUGAAGUCCAUACCCUUAUUGCCAGUGAGAUUUGUGGAAGAAGUACCUAAAAAUACAUCUAUGAAGGGAAAUGAUGAGACAUAUUCGAGAAUAAUGUUUAUAAAGUAUGAAAGUUUGGAUACCUACAGAGCACAAGUCAGACCAUUAAUUAAAGAAUGGCUCAAGCAUUUAGUGAGCGACUCAGAGGUGGAAUGGGCAAUUGUUUUAUUUAUGGGGUCUAGCCUGAAGGAUAAGCUGUCUUCUAUAAUUAAAACGUCCCUUUUUGAUAAACUAAAAAUUGAUUUUGGAAUUGAUGGAAAAGAAUUACAAGCGUUAUCAGUAGAUUCAGGCGUCAAGGAGAGAUGUUUUAAAGUUCGUGAGGUGUAUGAAAGUGAAAUGGCGAAAUUGGAGUCGUACAAUGACUUGAUAAAUCAUAUGAAAGAUUUUUUAAUAUCAUCAUUUAAUAAUAAGUAUGUCUCGCUUAAUGAAUUGAUAUACAAUCAUAAAGCAACAGACAUCAACGCGUUUAUAUUGAAAUUGAAACUAGCAGACUUAUUGAAUGAUAUGCGCUUGCUAAAUGAUUCGUUAAGUAUAUAUAAUGAAUUAUCAAAUGACUUAAAUAAGUUAUAUUAUUCUGAUCGGUCUAAAUUUGAAACAGAAAUUACUAAUAUUCCAACAGACUUGAAUGGUUAUCUGUUUGAGCAGUCAUUUGGUUCCACUAGCAUAAAGAGUUCGUUUGACAGAGAGAAAAUUAAUUUAUUCAAAUUGAAAAGUUUGAUAUUCGUAAAUCAAUCUUCGUUAUUGCAACUAUUAGCUAACUACGCCAAUUCCAUUUCGUUAUCAUCAAUUUCUAUAUCAAGCAUAUAUCAAAAAUUAUUAUACUUCUUAAAUGAUUUGUCAAAUAUUUUUGGAGAUAAGUUGAAUGAAUGGAUAUUUGUGGUUAUUGAUAAUUACCUUAAAUUACCCAUAUGCAAUAAACUUAUGAAUGAAAACAUGAAAAGUAUAGAUGGUGAACAGUACAAUCAAUUGAGUGAAAUCUUGGAAUUUCAAGGAGAAUUGAAAUUAACUCAGAGAUCUAAAUUGGCUAAAAUUGCCAAUUCCCAUGGUUACAAUAUUAAUGGCAUUAACGAAAUUCUUGAAGAAAUAUCAUUGGAUGACGAUAAAACUUAUCAGGAAAUAUCCCAGCUAUCAUAUAAACCACUCCUAGAAAUUUUACUGAAUCGAGAAACCUACUACAUGCAUUUCGAGAAAUCAACAGAAUUAAUUAUACAUGACUUUGUUAAUUCCGGACGGACUAAGACUAUUGAUAUUUUGAGUAUUGAUCUUGCCUUAUUGAAUUAUCAAAUUGGCAAUUAUCAAGAGUCAUUAAAUAUUUUACAGGAUUCUUAUGAUUUCUUCAUUAAUAAUAGUUGGAAUUUUAUGGGUGGAAUUUUAUUAGAAAUAUAUCUAAACUGUAUUGAAAAAUUAGACAAAAGUGAAAAUAGUUUAAUUUCAUUAACAUGCUUAAGAUUGUUUUCAAAUCUUGUGAAUUCUAAAAAUGGCAAAUUUGGAAUCAACAACUAUAAAUUAAUUAAACCAAAAGUUAAAAUUACGAGAUUAUUUAAGAAGAUUGAAGAAUACUCUAGCAAAUUGAAUGAAUCUAUUGAUUUUCCUCUUGACAAAAUCUUUAAAGUAGAUAUCAUGCCAUUUAUUCAGAGUGACGAGUCAACUAAUGCUGACAAAUAUUUUGUCCAAAUUAAGUUAACUAAUAACUAUGGUAUUGACUUUAGUUUUAUGGAAAUUCAGUUGAUACUAGAAAAUAGUGAAGGCAUAUUAUAUUUCAAUGUUGAGAAUGCUACUAUUUCUAAUAAGGUAGAUAAUACUAUUAAACUAUAUUCAAACAACUUUAAAUUUGGCUCUUUCAAUCCAUCUCAUAUCACCGUUAGAAUCAAUAAAAAUUUGCGUUUUACAAAGAGAUUCAAUGCUGAACAUGGUAUAGAUAGUACAGCUGAUGAUACUGUUAUUCAAUACAACAAUGAAACUAUUCUAAAGGAUUCGUUCUUGAACGAUUCUGAAUCUAGGGAUAUCGUAGUUGGCCAUAAUAAAUGGACUUCGGAUAUGUUUUUUUAUCCAGGUCUAACUAAAUUUUCAUGUGAAUUUUGCACCCCUAUUGAUAUCGAUUUGGAGAGUACUGAAGUAAUAUUAAGAAUAAAAAAUGGAAAUAAUAAUGUUCAGGACAUGAAAAUCGAUAUAAUUUCGAAUACAAAUGGUCUUAAGAUUAAUAAGGAACUUUUGAAAGAUAGACUUAAAGUCAAGAGUUUAUCUUCCAACGAGUCAAUUGACAUUAAAAUUCCCUAUUCCUAUUAUAGCGAUAAUAAGAUUAUUAGUCUAAAGACAGACAUAGCAUAUUCUUCGAAUGGGGAAGAUUUUAGUCAUUCUAUUAUUGACCAAGUGGAUACAACUUUAACUAUAUCUGUCUCAGUACAAGACAUAUUCAAGUCGCAGUAUAUCUUCUCCAAAUUUCAAGUAGGUACUUCGAAUCCAAAGCUACCUAUAAGAAUAAUAUCUAAUGAUCUAACAACAAUAAAUGAGAACUAUACUAUUAUCAGUCCAAAGAAUUCCCCGAGUCCGAUAACUUUCGGCGAUCAGCCUGCAUCGUAUUUUUACAAAAUAAUUCCGAAAUCUGAUUAUAUGAUUAAAUCAUUAGAUUCAUUAGAUUUAAAGGUCCAAUAUUCAGAUUUAAAAAAUGAAUGUUGUGCUAUUAUUCAAAGUUUUCUUUUGGACAGGUUACAUGAUUUACAGUUGCGUAAAUAUUGGUACUUGAUAAAGACAUUACUCUUUAAAGAGAUCAUUUUCGAUUUGAACAAUUAUGCUAUCAAUCAGGAAGUCAAGAUCAUUAAUAACUGUGAAAUAGAAUUAUUGAUUGAAAGAACGUUGUUAAAACACGUACAAGAAAAGGAAGAUAAGAAAAAAUUAAUAGGAUUAUUCAAGGAUGUUUUGUUUGAAAAUGAAUUGAAAUUUGAGGUUACGCCUAAUUUCGAGAAUAGACAAUUGUUAAUCACUGUACCUAUCCCAGUUUUAAAUAUUUUACAAAUUAUUGAAUUUGAGUUUGAAAGAAAGCCUCAAUAUUUAGUAGGCGAACCUAUACUAAUGAAUCUAAAUAUUGAAUCUAUUACAAAAUGGUCAAAUAAUAAAGUUAAAGCUGGUUCUGAAGAUGAGAUAGAAAUACUUGCAGAAUCUUCACCUAGUAAACCAGUAAGCCUCUUUUCUCAGAAAGAGAAUUUUCAGCUUACCAUUCAAACCGAUGACAACUGGCUAAUUUCAGGAUUUAGAAAAGAAUCUUUUCAAAUCGACUAUGACUCAAAUGAAAAUAAAAAUAGCUUUGAGGUAGUUUUAAUACCUUUAACAGUCGGUAGAUUACUUUUGCCAAAGAUAAAUGUUAGGACUUUAGAGAAUUUAGAAAAUGACUUUUCAAUGGAUAUUAAUUUCAAAAAUGGACUAGAGACUUUAUUGGUUGUACCAGAUGUUAAUAGUAUCACCUUCUCGUUCUAG